UUUUUUUUGUUGUUGUUUUUUUUAGUAGGCAUUGUACUUUGAACUUCCUUGAAUACGCCAUAUUGUUCACAGCCGGACAAAAACACAAAGUGAAACACGGGAAUAAACCUGCUUUAAACUCCUCGGUGUAUUUUACUGCGCUUAAUUUAAAGUGGAAAUGUGUUCAAGUUUAUAGCAACGCCAUAACCCGAAGCGAAAAUGACUUCCGUGGAAAUGGACUUGGGGAAGUAUUUGGCUCGCAUCGGGUUUACGGGUCCCGCGGAACCCAGCUUGGAGGUGCUGCGGAGGUUGCACACCUGCCACCUCUUGUCGGUGCCGUUUGAGGACCUCACGGUGCACAGCGGGGGUCGAGUCCAGCUCGACCUCCCCCUUCUGUACGACAAGAUCGUGAACCAUCGCCGAGGAGGCUUCUGCUAUGAGAACAACAGCCUCUUUCGCUGGAUGCUGACCAAACUGGGCUUCCAGGUGACUAUACUCUCAGGCCAGGUGAAGAACAGGUUCACGGGUUGCUACGGGCCACCUUUCGACCAUUUCAUCCUACUGGUUGAACUUGAGGGCCGGCGAUGGCUGUGUGACGUCGGGUUCGGGGUUCCCGGUUUCAGUGUCCCGCUGUCACUGGACAUUGAAGACCCCCAGGAGCAGGGCCACCGAGUGUACCGGAUCAGGAAGGACCUGGAGAUGCACUUUGUGGAGUGGCAAGAGGAAGAAAACAGAGUGGAUGGAGACUGGAAAGAGAUCUACAAGUUCACCCUUGAACAUCGGAGUCUGGAGGACUUCCAGAAGAUGUGCCAAUACCACCAGACCUCCCCCAGCUCCAUCUUCUUCUGCAAGUCCCUCUGCACUGUUCUCAGACCUGACGGGAGGCUCACCUACAUUGGCCACAGGUUGAUCACCACCACAUUUCCAACAGAAGAGAACGGGCAUGUGGUGGAAACCAUCACAGAACUUAAAAAUGAAGAGAUUCCUGGUGUUCUAAAGGAAAAAUUUGGAAUUGUACUUAAUUCCACGCUCAUAGCGAAGGAUGAGAAAAUCACACCACCUCAAAUCACAUAUUAAACACACGCCCAGUUAUAUGGGAUAAAUGCAUACUUCUUAUGGCUCCAUAGCAACAAAAUGUAUGAAUACUCUUAAGAUUAGGUCCAAUGGCUUUUGUUUUUAAAUUCAUCUAAUCACUGAGGUCUGAGCAAAGCAAUUUAUACAUUAUUUUAAACAAGUUAGAAAAGUCUCUACCUCUGAUAAAACCCAGAUCUACAUGUUAAUCAAUCGCAGACACUGAUCUGCCGUGAGAAAAGAUGCAACAGAAAAUAAACUGUCAUUCUGAUUUAAUAAAUUAUACAUACACUUUUAAGAUGUACAAUGGUCAUUGCAUUAAUCCACAUCGGUUCUUUAAGACAAAGUCUCCUUCCAAAGUAUUUACACAUGUACAUUUAAAUCAGGCAGCACUUUGUAAAGCAAGGCAUGAAUCUCAAUACAGAUGUUGGACUUCAAAUGAAAACUUUAAUGCUCCUGCCUAUUCUGUUUGUUUGAGGGGAUUACUCAGCUGUCCAGUUAUUACACUAAGUUUUCCCAUCCUGACUUUGAUGAAAUGAAUCUGAACAACACCCAUUAAGUCCAGCAAUAAUCACAGGUGAUUUCAAAGAUUACAGUGAGGGCUGAGCUGGAUAAAAAAAAA